CAACGAAACGCUUAGUCGUUCUUGAUCCGCGAACAGCUCAACAUCGAUUACCAGAGUCUCGAUUUCUACAACAGAUCGGUUUAUACAGACUGCAAGAAAAUGCCGACGUACAAGUUGAUAUAUUUCGAUGUUACCGGCCUUGGAGAGUCAAUUAGGUUCUUGUUAAAUCACUGUGGCAUUAAAUUUGAAGAUACUAGGAUUGCCAUCGAUGAUUGGCCGAAACAUAAAUCAGACAUGCCUAUGGGACAAAUGCCGGUACUGGAAAUCGACGGGAAGCGAUAUCAUCAGUCUAGGGCCAUCGGACGAUUCCUUGCCAAGAAGGGCAAUUUAUAUGGGGCUGAUGAUUUCGAGGCCAUGGAGAUCGAUGCUACUAUUGAUUCUAUGGAUGACAUAAGACUAGCACUAUCCCAAUAUUACUGGGAAAAAGAUGCCGCUUUCAAAGAGAAACUCAAAGAGACUGCCUUCCAAAAAUUGCCCUAUUAUCUCGACAAAUUCGAGGCUCAAGUUAAGAAAAACGGCGGAUACUUCGUUGGUGGCAAGCUGUCGUGGGCAGAUUUUCUGUGGGCUGCAUAUUUUGAUUAUCUGAGUUUUGUUCUGGCCGGGGAUCCGAAUAAGGAUCAUCCCGAAUUGAAGAAACUAGUGGAGAAAGUUCGUGGUUUGCCCAACGUUAAAGCUUACAUUGAGAAGCGACCCACAACCCAAUUGAUACACAGUACCGUUUCAACGGUAAUCUUUCCAGUCAUUCUCAAUCCACGAUCUGUGUCGGUUGCUAGAGCCUCGAUUUUUACAAGUCGGAUUACAAACUACAAGAACAUGCCGACGUAUAAGCUAAUGUAUCUCAACGCUACUGGCAUUGGGGAGCCAAUUAGGUUUUUGUUAAAUCAUUGUGGCAUUAAAUUUGAGGAUAAGAGAAUCACCUUUGAUGAUUGGCCAAAGUAUAAACCAAACAUGCCCAUGGGACAAGUGCCGGUCCUGGAGAUUGAUGGUAAACAAUAUCAUCAGUCUAGGGCUAUUGGACGAUUCAUCGCCAAGAAGGGCAAUUUAUACGGAUCCGAUGAUUUCGAGGCUAUGGAGAUUGAUGCCGUAGUCGAUUCUAUCGACGAUAUAAGACAAGCAAUGGGCCAUUAUUAUAUGGAACAAAAUCCCACCUUCAAAGCAAAACUCAAGGAAAUCGUCUUCCAAAAGUUGUACCACUGUCGCGAUAAGUUUGAAGAACAAGUUAAGAAGAACGGCGGAUACUUCGUCGGUGACAAAUUGUCGUGGGCAGAUUUCCAGUGGGCUGGACAUUGUGACAUUUUGAGAUCUGUUCUGGCUGUGGAUCCAAACGAAGAUCAUCCCGAAUUGAAAAAACUAGUGGAGAAAGUUCGCGCUUUGCCCAACGUUAAAGCUUACAUCGAAAAGCGACCUAAAACUGAAUUUUAAAUAAACCCUUUACAACGAAUGUAAUUAAUUGUAAAUAAUGCAGCGAAAAACCUGUAACUAUUGGAAGAAAUUCACAUUUACUUUGAUUUUCUUGAUUACCUUUGGUUUUCUCACAUCAAUUGAUUUGACUCAUAUUUUACCUCGGUGAAACUAAAAAUCUUAAGUAUCUAUUGCCAAAAACAGAUUUUGAAAAAUUUAAGCCAUUGAUUUGCUCUAUAUUAUUGAAGAUUUUAUGGGCUUCGAUCUUUGACCCCUUUAUGAUUAAUUAAUUUGAUUCAUUUGACUUUUUGUCUCGAUGAAACUAAGGUCCUCGGGUAUCUCCAAAAAUAGAGUUCUAAAAAAUUAAAUACCGUUUCUGAGAAAUCUUGCAGAUUAACAGACGGCCAGACUGUGAAAUUAUAAAGUAGUUUGCUAUACGCUGCACUAUAUA